CCGGCCGCGUCCCAGGCCCGGCGGCGGCGCGAUGCGCGAGCAGCCGGCCCCGCGGCCGCGUCCGCAGGCGCCGCGCUAACCUGUCCCCAUGCAGUGGCGCAAGCUAGCCAGGUUGAAGUCUUCGCCGGGCGGUCAGUCGCGCGCUCGGAGGAUGCUCUGCUGCGGCCGCAGGAAGGAGAACGGGCGCGCGGCGCCGGACCUGACGGCGUCACCGGGCCGCGCGCCGCCCGGGCCGCCGCAGCCGGCACGCGCUAACCACGCCCCGCCCUGCGUGCUGCAGCCGGACUUCCGAAAGGUAUCGGGUGUGAGCAAUGAAAUAUUCAGGCAGAUUGAGAUGGUCGAGAACGACCACGACGCCACCACCGCCGCGGCGCUCGAGGCGGUGGAGCGUCGUGGCGAGAUGAUAGUGAGGAUACUUGAAUUGAGACAAGUUGGACGAAACAACAUAGAAGCCGCCAAGAAAUUCUUCUCCCUGCAGGACACCCGUCAUAUAGUCCAACUGGUGGAGAUAGUGAAGCGUCCAGGCCAGACUCUAGGCUUGUAUAUCAGGGAAGGGGACGGCGGAGGAAGGACAGAUGGAGUAUUCAUCUCCCGGAUAGCACUCGAGUCAGCAGUCUACAACAGUGGCUGUUUGAAAGUUGGCGAUGAGAUCUUAGCCGUGAACUUAGUGGACGUCAGGCGAAUGUCGUUGGAUGAUGUGGUCAUAAUCAUGUCGAUACCAAGAAGAUUGUUGUUAUGUACAAGACAAAGGAAAGGUAAAUCAGGGCCGGGUUCACCAUCGCUGCCGCGCGCCGAGCACAAGCCGCCACCUGUCGUCGUGCUGAAGAGAGAUUGCCGGGAUGACGACGACCGUGACAGAGAUCGCGUUGAUGGCCUAUAUUCACAACACGGCACCCUUCGUUCGACGGGUGGACCCGGCGGUGGUGUGCGGCCGGUUGGCGACGGCAGAGAGGAGAGGAAUAGACUACAGCUCGGGACUCUAUCACCCGAUGCCACGCCGCUUGAUCUGUAUUACAACUCAAGGCCGCCAUCGGAUCAUUCCACUUGGAGUUACCGGCCGCCACCACCAGUCAUAACGGAACAGCCAAAGUCAACGGCGACACACUUCGUGCCAUAUGAGCGAUCCUAUCCCAACACGCUGGAGAGCCUAGCGGAAAAAGUGCACUCAUUCUACCCACAGGAUAGUGGAAGCACCCGGUUCGGCGGGCGAGUCCCGCGCUCGGGCUCAGAACAACAGCUGCCACGCGCCGAGACUCACGCCGACUUCGGCCGGCACUCACUGCUCAGGUCCAGCUUAAAGGCUUCUGCUGCUACUGGAGGAGCAGCAAGUUUAUCAAGAUACAACCACAGAUAUGGUGGCGUUGGAAUGACUGGUCCACCUCUCCCAGGCAGUGGAUUAACUGGAACUGGUUUAUCGGGUUCCGGCCUUGGUGGAUCGGGUUUACCUUCCGGUCUCUCAACGACUGGCCUCAGUGGUUUAACAGGAUCCAGUUUAGUGGGAUCCGGAUUGUCGAGCACAGGACUCGGAGCUGGACUCACCGGAACCGGUUUGGGUUCAACUUUAGGCGGUGGAUACGGUACAACCGGUUUGGGAUUGCCUUCGUACAGCAGUAAAUUCGGUACGACACGCAGGAAUCGAAGCUUGGAUUAUUCUUCAGAUACGGAAGCCACAGCUCCUACUAGAACCCCAUACUACUCGGGACUUAGUGGCUACAGGAGUAGUACCUUGGGAAGAGAUAUUGGUUCGAAGUUCAACUCGUUACCAAGAGAUGUUAGGGGAACAGGCCAAAGAUUGGGCUUGUCCAGACGUGCCGGUAGCGUUCUUCAAGACGAACCCGAACCACUUUCAUCGCGUUUAGAUCUUCGUUCUUCCAGAGGUCGUCUGCCUUCUUCGCCUUCAGUGUUCACAUCCGAUGAGUACCGUGCAUGGCUGUCACGAGCGCCCUCAACUAGUGCACUUUACGAAACACUACGCCCUCGCCUUCCUACACACUAUUCCGCUGAAAAUAUACACGACGCGCUCAAAAACAUGGAGAGCGGCAGCCGGUUCGGGUCGUCGCUGGGCUUGGCGCGGCGAAUGGAGCGGCCGCGGCAUUUGCCCGCACGCUCACUCUCCUCCCAACAGCUGGGGCCCAGCGGCUCGCCUUCGACACGCCGCGUGCGGCAGCUGCUCGAGCUGGGAUCUCGUUUCAAUUGCCCCAACCCCAGCCCCGUGCCUACACCCAGCUCCAGACACCACCGGGCUUCGGACUUUAAUGUUAAUGAUUACGUUAAAUACAAACCAGAGAAACCUGGACUGUCUUCUUCAAUGACGGGGCUUUCCCGCUUAUCGGGCGGGGGUUUAUCGGGCAUGCUCUGGAUACACCUAUCAGGGGGAAAGGAAUUGCGGACGCACCCCACGGGACACUCGCCUGACACCCCGCCCUCGGGCCCACUGGCGCCGAUUCAGCCUCCAGUCACUCCCAGAGACCUGUACUGCGUACUGGAGUGUGACAGAGUCCAUAAGGCUAGGACUGUGGUGCGCACAGGUGAGCUAAACUUUGAGUGGGACGAGUCAUUUGAGCUGGAGCUGGUGGACAACCGGCAGCUGGAUGUGCUGGUUUACUCGUGGGAUCCACAGCACCGUCACAAGCUGUGUUAUCGCGGCUUCGCGCUGCUGCCCGAUGUCCUCACCGUCGCGCCGCCCUUGCAUCAGGUCGCUAUAAAGUUGGAACCACGCGGCUUGCUGUACGUGAAACUGCGGCACACGGAACCCAACGAACUGUUCCGGCGGCGACCUGCGACUGCGCGCAUUGCCCCGCCGCCGCUCUUCGGCGCUGAACUGGAAUCGGUGGUCGCCCGGGAGGUGAGGCCUUCGCAUGCCCCGCCCGUGCCUCUCAUCGUGAGGCGCUGUGUAGAGGAGAUCGAACGCCGUGGCCUCGAUAUCAUAGGUCUAUAUAGGUUGUGCGGUGCGGCAAGUAAAAAGCGAAUCUUGCGGGAAGCGUUUGAGCGCAACGCCCGAGGUGUCGAGCUGACUCCGGAUUCUGUUCCUGACAUCAACGUCAUCACUGGCCUCCUCAAGGAUUACCUCAGGGAGCUGCCGCAACCACUCUUCAGUCGGUGUUUGUAUCAAAUGACAUUAGAUGCUCUUGGGGUUUGUCUGCCAGAUGACAGGGAAGGUAACGCGAGGCUGAUGGCAUCUAUUGUGGAAUGUUUGCCACGAGCUGCGCGUGCUACACUCGUCUUCCUGCUUGAUCAUUUAGCUCUGGUGGUGGCUGCACAGGAUCGCAACAAGAUGUCGCCACAGCACCUAGCCGUGGCACUUGCGCCGCCCCUCAUGCUACACUCACAACCCCCUAACGAACUAGACUAUAAAAGACCCAUACACGUACUACAGUGUUUACUACAAAUAUGGCCCCCGCCUAAACGUUCAGUUCGGCGCGGCGAGCCAGCAACCGGGCCGCGUGGAAACAGAGUCAGUGCAUCGCCAGCGGGCUCAGCCACCCUACCCCCAGGCCGAGUUCUGCCCUCAGCCAGUCCAUAUCGGCCUCAAGCGGCAGCAUCAGCAGCAUCUCCGCCGCCAGCUCUCUUGGCUCGGCACGGAGCCGACCGAUCGCCGCCCGCACAUGUUCUCUCAUCAGUCAGGGGCGGCCAAUAUCGUCCGCAGUCGCCGCUGCGCGGCCCUCUGCCCGCUCCACCUCGCUCCCGGCAGGUGACAGUCUCAUCUCCCGGUUCACCCAGUAGCAGCUCUGGCAGCCACAGCCCGGCGGAUACCAUCAAACAUGGCGGUUCUGUGUCGUCUAUCCUGCGGCAGCCGGAGCGCGCCGCCUCCCCGCGAGCCUCGCCAAGGAACUCCCCUCGCGCCUCCCCGCGUGAUUCCCCGCGCACACCACGCGAGUCCACGCCGCGAGACCUGACGCCGCGAGAUUUGACGCCUCGGGAUCUCACACCCCGUGAGAUGACGCCACGGGACCUCACGCCCCGAGAGAUGACGUCGCGGGAGUCGACACCGCGCGAAUCCCCGCGCUCGGCUAUACCGGGCACAUCGGCCGGCCUGGCGGUGACGCUCAACUCGAGCGCUGCGAGCGGCGGCCUGAGCCCGCGCUACAGCUCCACCAACCCGUUCCUGCAGCAGUACGAUGCGGAGGAGGAGGCGGAGGCGUGGCGUGCCGCCGACAUAUUCUCCUCGCCCUCCACGCACACAUAGUGCUCAUAGCGAAUUGAAAUUUUCUAGUCAAUUUUUUUAUUGAAUCGAAAGAGUGCUACGAUUCUGCUGUAUAUUAUGUUUUUAACGAGCGUGGUGCGCGUUCGUCUAAUGUUUGUUAUAUAUAGAGCGACUUAUGAUGUAUAUUAUUGUGAGAAUGUUUACCUUCUGAUGCGUGAGGCAGGAGCCUCGCCGCCGCCGGCGUCCCGCCCCGUAGCAUCUGUAGCUAUAGCGUUAUCAUAUUGUAUUGUACAUUGUAUAUAAUAUACGUAUAUGCGCUCCAGUUUUGUACCGGUCGGGCGGGGCGGCGACGGACGGUCCGACGCGCUACACAUCAUCCCACAUAUCAGAGGCUUGCGUGCACAUUCGACACUGGAAAAAUAUGCGGUCAACUGUUGAAGAUCGUGCAGUACAUUCCAAAUAUCAACCAACAUAUUUUGACUAACAAAAUGAUCGACAGGCAUCGUAUGGGAAGUCGUAUGUAGUAGUGUCGAUAGUGAACACAAGUCAGUAGGUCGAGUAGGGAGAUCGUAUCAUAGAUCAGACGUAUGGACUGUCUUGAGACUGAGACCAUAUCAGAAGUAGCUCGUACAGCGUAGCGAUGGACAUCCGUCGUAGAACGAGCGAUUGCGUGAUCGGUUGGCGACGUCUAAGAGGUAAAGCUAAAGCAAAGCAGUUUUGAUUGAAAGUUAAAUAUUCGAAGUAAUCCUUGUUCAUUAUUCAAUUAAUGUCUAUAAUUGUAUAACGGUAUAUUAAACUAAAAUAGAUUUAGUGGAGCAUUUUUACGAGUCGCUAAUUCUAUGAAGGAAUGGUGUAAUCCUUUGAGGUCGCAAUCUCAAGGUCUAUUUGCUAUUUUCGAAUGUCGAACAUUCGAUUUGUUAUUUUAGAACUAUGCAACUAAACAAUCUAUCUAUGAUCCUUCGAGAUUCUGAAAUAGCAUCUCAGUUCUUAUGACGUGCGUCUGCUAGACAUAUAAGAGUGGUAGAAAUUGACCAAUGACAGCACUGAUUCGACUGUCACUGCCAUGAUUGGUCCAUUUUAAAUAGAGAAUGUAACGUAUUAAUUACACUUGUUUAUAUGUCUGCCGGAGGCUGUUUGGUUACAAACAACUUUUGAGCUACACUUCAAGGCGAAGUUUUGUUAUUACUGUUUAUUAUAAUAGCAUUGCACAAAUAACACGACUGAUAUGGGACACAAUGUUUUUGAUACUUUACUGUUUUACCUAUUUCUCGUUUGUGAUACUGAAUACUUAAGGUAGGGUUAUAUGGAGUGCUUUGUAUGAAUGUUGACCGUAUCACUGUUCCAUAACUCAUCGAUUUCAAGCACAUGUAAUGAUUUAACCUCACUUAUAAUAUCGGCAUCAUAUAUCCAAAGCCUUCCAUAUAGUCCGGCAUUAAUACUUGUUUUGACCUCGCCUAAUGUAACUGAGUAACGUUCGUUCACGAAUUCCUUCAGCCGAUAGUAAUCUGAUUCUUGAAAUUUCUUUUCGAAAUCGCGUCUUAUGCACCAUCGUUAUUUGUUUAUCAUGCUAUUCAUUAGUUUAUAAUAUAUCUCAAAAUAACAUUGUUAAUUAUUCAAUCUAUGAUAUAAAUUUAUAAACUAUUUAAAAAAAUAACUUUUUGCAAGAGGAAUAUGUAGUCGUAGUAUGUUGAUGUAUUUAGGUGUAUUUCCUAUGAUGAUUAUGAAAGUCGAAUGUUGCUGAGCAGAAACUAUAAUAAUAAAUAAUUAAACUUUAAAAUAUAAUUGUUUAAAGAAAUUUAAACUCUGUACUGUCAUUCCAUCGUGCGUAAAUUUAGGGAAAACUUCUUGUAAUAUUGACGUAAUUCUCUGAAUACACAUUUUGCCUACCAAUGUGAAUGUAAUAUGAGUUCAUACCUUCUGCUUUUUAGGUGUGUGAACUAAACUAAGUGUUUAGAGUAAAAUAGAAAUUGAAUUUUAGUUGUAGACGAGUUAAUCGACUUAUUAUUAAAAAUAUGCAUUUGGGAGAAGUUUAAAAGUGAAGUCAACUAAUGUAGAUAAAAAAAUAUGUUGUUAAUAAAAUUUAAUUUAUCGGUUUAUAACAUUAAAAUAAAAAUAUGUUUCUCUUAUUACGCACGACGGGAUUUAAUUAGUAUUAAUACUUUUGUAUCAGGUAACAUUGUAACAAAAAUUGUUGAAUAUAAAUCUUCAUUGAUCGCUUGUGACAAGGAAUUCAUGCACGUACAUUAAAAUGUCUAAAGCCAGCUACACACCUUCGGUUAUAAAUGUAAGUUUAGACUGUUUAUUAAAAACAGGUGUUGGCAACAUUCCAACCGUCAGCCUGUAAUUCUUAUAGUGAAUCUAAAUGAUUUAGAUUAGUUUGACAAUUCAUUUAAAAUAUAUUAGGGAUGGGUUGU